GAGAGCUUGCAACAGCCAUCAGAAACCAAACGGAUCUGUUUUUCGGCCUUUAUCAUUCCCUGUUUGAAUGGUUUCAUCCUCAGUAUCUACAGGACAAGGCCAACAAAUGGCAGACUCAGAAGUUUGUGGAGAGUAAAACAAUGCCGGAGCUGUACGAGAUUGUGAACCGGUACAAACCGGACGUGAUCUGGUCCGACGGAGACUGGGAAGCACCAGAUACUUACUGGAAUUCUACAAACUUCAUAGCCUGGCUGUACAACGAUAGUCCUGUGAGAGAAAAUGUCGUGACCAAUGAUCGAUGGGGUCAAGGGGUCAUGUGCAAACAUGGAGGAUUCCUCACCUGCUCAGACAGGUAUAACCCAGGAAAGUUGCAAAAGAGAAAAUGGGAAAAUGCCAUGACAAUUGAUAAGCAAUCUUGGGGUUACCGUAGAAACACAAAGCUGUCAGAAUUUCUGACCACGGAUGAGCUCAUUGGAACACUGGUGGAAACAGUCAGCUGCGGGGGAAACAUUCUGGUUAACGUGGGUCCCACCAGUGACGGUAAGAUUAUACCGGUGUUUGAGGAGAGGCUGAGAGAAAUGGGACAAUGGCUGAAGGUCAACUCUGAGGCUAUUUAUGGAACUUAUCCUUGGACGUACCAGAAUGAUACCAUUACUCCCAAUGUCUGGUACACAAAACAGAAGAUAAGCAGUACUACCGCUGUCUACGCCAUCGUACUGGACUGGCCGACCAAUGGCACGCUCCGGCUCGGGGCACCAAAGUUAGACAACACGGGGGUCAUUUACCUGCUGGGGUACCAACAGCAGAUCAAAUUCACACGAGAGGCUCAAGGAGGGAUAACCAUUCAACUUCCUGUGUUUACUGAUGGCAAAAUGCCGUGCAAGUAUGCCUGGGCAUUCAGAAUGCUGGGGGUUCAGAAUUAGAUAUUUACUUAGGAAACAUUGUGAUGCCAUGUGUGAUAAUGCAUUAUUUACCUUUUUAUGAUACAAUUUUUCUUUUUUUUUAUUUCUGAGGGUAUUUAACAAAAAAUUCUAAUACCCGGUAGAUAAGGUAUAUCUUAGCUUGAGGGUCUAAUGUACAUUUCCUUAGGUUAGUGUAUUUUUCUGUAUUUUACAAGUGUCUUUCUGCAUUUCACAAGAUUAUACGUAUAUAUUUUGUCAAUGUAUUAAAUAUAUUUUUGUAUCUAUAUACAAAUAUCUUCUUAUUGUUUCAUUUACAUGUAAUGUACAUAGAGGUAUAUAUC